AGGUUAUUAGAGGUGGAGCGCGGGGAGGGCGCGCGGCAGGAGGCGGCCGCCCUUACGGCGCGAGCGUGGUCACGUGGUCGCUGGUCACCGCCGCCACCACCCCCUCCCGCCCUGUUCUCUCUUUGGUCGGGCCGGGCCCGGCUGGUUCCACGAGCGCCCGGCAGAGACUGAGGGAGAGAGAGAGAAAGAGGAGGGGAGGAGGAGGAGGAUUCAGGGAAUAGGAGCUGGGGAGCCCUGCUGCGCCACAGAGCAUUGCUACUUAAAGUGUGAUCUUCAGAUCAGUGCUGGUCUGCAAACUGAUUUCAUUGGUCUGUGAUGAAUUAUGGACAGAAAUUGAAAAAAUUUCCAAAGACUUGGUGAAGAUAGGAAAACUAUCAGAAAGGCAGUGGCACCAUUAUCCUGUAGUCACUUUUUUUGGCAUUGUCCAGUUCUCACAAUGUAUCAUUCCUUAUCUGAAACUAGACACCCUCUGCAGCCAGAAGAGCAAGAAGUGGGCAUCGAUCCCUUGUCGAGUUACUCAAACAAGAGUGGAGGAGAUUCAAAUAAAAAUGGAAGAAGAAGUUCUACUUUAGAUUCUGAUGGGACUUUUAAUUCCUAUAGGAAAGAAUGGGAAGAACUAUUUGUAAACAACAAUUACUUGGCAACAAUAAGGCAGAAGGGGAUUAAUGGGCAGCUGAGAAGCAGCAGGUUCCGCAGCAUUUGCUGGAAGCUAUUUCUUUGUGUUCUUCCUCAAGAUAAAAGUCAGUGGAUAAGUAGAAUUAAAGAAUUAAGAGCAUGGUAUAGCAACAUUAAAGAAAUACACAUCACAAACCCGAGGAAGGUUGUUGGCCAGCAAGAUUUGAUGAUCAAUAAUCCCCUUUCACAGGAUGAAGGGAGUCUUUGGAACAAAUUUUUUCAAGAUAAAGAACUGCGAUCAAUGAUUGAACAAGAUGUCAAAAGAACAGCACUCUGUGGAGCGAACAGGAGAUGGAAACAUCGGUUUCCUGAAAUGCAGUUUUUCCAACAAGAAAAUGUGAGAAAAAUUCUUACAGAUGUUCUUUUCUGUUAUGCUAGAGAAAACGAGCAGUUGCUUUAUAAACAGGGAAUGCAUGAACUGUUAGCGCCUAUUGUCUUUAUCCUUCACUGUGACCACCAAGCUUUUCUUCAUGCCAGUGAGUCUGCCCAACCAAGUGAGGAAAUGAAAACUCUCUUGAACCCUGAGUAUCUGGAACAUGAUGCCUAUGCAAUGUUCUCACAACUUAUGGAAACUGCCGAACCUUGGUUUUCUACUUUUGAGCAUGAUGGUCAAAAGGGGAAAGAAACACUGAUGACUCCCAUCCCCUUUGCUAGACCUCAGGAUUUAGGGCCAACAAUUGCUGUUGUUACUAAAGUCAACCAGAUCCAGGAUCAUCUACUGAAGAAGCAUGAUAUUGAGCUUUAUAUGCACUUGAACAGACUAGAAAUCGCACCACAGAUAUAUGGGUUACGGUGGGUCCGGCUACUCUUUGGACGAGAGUUCCCCCUGCAGGAUCUUCUGGUCGUUUGGGAUGCCUUGUUUGCAGAUGGCCUCAGCCUGAGUUUAGUUGAUUAUAUCUUCAUAGCCAUGUUACUCUACAUCCGAGAUGCUUUGAUCUCUAGUAACUACCAGACUUGUCUUGGCCUUCUGAUGCAUUACCCACUAAUUGGGGACGUACACUCCCUGAUUCUUAAGGCUCUGUUCCUUCGAGAUCCAAAGAGAAAUCCAAGACCAGUGACUUACCAAUUCCAUCCAAAUUUAGAUUAUUACAAAGCACGCGGAGCAGACCUCAUGAAUAAAAGCCGGACCAAUGCCAAAGGUGCUCCCCUGAAUAUAAAUAAGGUCUCUAAUAGCCUGAUUAAUUUUGGAAGAAAGUUGAUUUCUCCAGCAAUGACCGCCCCAGGCAGCGCGGGUGGCCCUGUACCAGCAGGUGGUAGUGGCAGCUCUUCCACUGCUGUGGUUCCCGCCAGGACCUUAGCAGAGGUCCCCAGGCAUCAUUUGCAGCAGCAGCAGCAGCAGCAGCAGCAGAGACUGAUGAAAUCAGAAAGCAUGCCCGUGCAGUUGAACAAAGGCGAUGUAGUUACAGGAAGCGAUGCUCAGGUUUCUGUUCCUGUCCAGACUCUAACUGACCUCCAAGGACAAAGUUCUAAAACCAUCAGUUCAUCCCCAAGCACUGAAAGUUUGCCUGGAGGAAGAGAAUUCACUGGCUCCCCACCUUCAUCUGCCACUAAAAAGGAUUCCUUUUUUAGCAACAUCUCCCGUUCCCGCUCACACAGCAAAACUAUGGGCAGAAAAGAAUCUGAAGAAGAAUUAGAAGCCCAAAUUUCCUUCCUUCAAGGACAGUUGAAUGACCUGGAUGCCAUGUGCAAAUACUGUGCAAAGGUGAUGGACACUCAUCUUGUAAAUAUUCAAGAUGUGAUAUUACAAGAAAAUUUGGAAAAAGAGGAUCAAAUUUUGGUUUCUCUGGCAGGAUUAAAACAGAUCAAAGACAUUCUGAAAGGUUCCCUGCGUUUCAACCAAAGUCAGCUGGAAGCUGAGGAGAAUGAGCAGAUCACCAUCUCAGAUGACCACUACUGCUCCAGUGGCCAAGGCCAGGGCCAGGGUGACCAAAUGCCUGGAGCCACCAAGCAGGCCUCUUCAGAAACAGCAGGGCGCAUGGACAGAGGGAACGCAGAUGACUUCAUCCUGCUCUCCAAAGAUGACGAGGGGGGUAGCGCCAAGGGGUCCUUCUCAGGCCAGGCCCAGCCUCUUCGCACCAUCCGAAGCACCCCUGGGAGAAGCGAGCCCCUGGCCCGCUCUCCUCUGGUGUUCUCCGACCCUCUGAUGGGCCCUGCCUCGGCUUCGUCCAGCAACCCCAGCUCCAGCCCUGAUGAGGACAGCAGCAGCAACAGCAAGGACUCUGGCUUCACCAUUGUGAGCCCCCUGGACAUCUGACCGCAGUGCCCCUGGCCUCCUUCAUGGGGACUGGCCGCCCCUCUCAGAAGCCCCAGGGCCCACCUGAGGCUCCCCCAGUGGAGACCCCUCUGAAACCAACACUUCUUUCCCAGCAUGCCUGUGGCCUUAGUGCAACCCAUCAGAACCCUCUAGAGAGGGGCAGACGGCCAUAGAGCACACAGAUGAAUGUUCACCAAAAUGCAGACAGGGCUUUCAGGGCCCUAUCCCACCCUACCUUUGCUCUGAGGUAGACAAGGGUUAAGUGUCCAGUAUCAUGCUCACUGUCAAAAAAGACCACAAUUAGAAUCAUUUUUCCUCUGUUCCCUUCUCCCCAACUAAGAAUUAAGUAUGGCAACUCCAUUAAUUAUAACUAAAAGAAGGAAGAAGAGUUGGUUUCAAAUCUUCCAUCCCUCAGAGCAUCAGGCAUAGGAAAAUUGACUGAUAUCAAGAAGGCUUUCCCUCUGGAAAUCUCUAUCUCAGCCUAUUUCAUUCCUCCUUUGGGAAGCCAUACAGCCGAGCCAAAUACAACAAUGGACUAGAACUGGUGGAUUCCAGGGCUGGACAAAACCCAUCACUGACCUCUCAGAAAGAGUCAUCUUUAGAAACAGGGUCUAAACUUAGGAAUCCUAUUUAGGUGUGAUGGGGGUUAGAUUUUUUCAUUUGUUAAAGAGUAUGUUUCCAAACCUCAGGCCAGAUCGACUCUGGCCAUCACUGUCCCUCCUCAGACGAUUAUAUUUCCCUCUUUAGAAUCUUUCACAACCAGAAAACAAGGUCACAUUAAGCCAGUCUUUGCUGCACUGAUUUCAAAAGUUGUAAGAAUAUUACUCGCUUGAAUUGGAAAAUGUGACCCUGACUAUGGGACAGAUAUCCCUCAGAUAGUCAGUUUUCUGGUGUAGUUUCUGUAGUUUUGGCUCUGGAAUACACCUGUCACCUGUCAAGUGAGAAGUAAAGGGAAAAACCGAAGCUCAUUCCCAUCCUGAGUCACGACCUCCCAUUGGCCUUAAAGUAGCAGUAACAGGGAAUUAAACCUGGAGUCCCUCCUAGGGACAGAACACUCCAGACAUCAAGAAGAUGCAGGGUUUCUGCACAGCCCUUCGCUUGCCGGGAGCCAGGCAUAGGAGCUGCAGGGCCCGGGCUCAGUUGUGCACGAUGUCCCAGGCACCACUGCCAGGGCAGGACCAGCUCUGACCCGCUGGUGCUUUCCUGGGCUUCAGCACACACUAGAGAUUUCCCCUUUUCAGCUGGAAGCUUAUGGAAUCUUGCUGGGCAGAAACCGUCCCAUGAGCUAUUUCUCUACUUAAGAGGAAAGGUCCCGAAAAGGACACUUUCCCUGUCCUUUGCGCAAAUAGGAAUUCUAACAAGAUAGCCACGGUGCCCAUUUCACCUCCGUGAGGGGGAGCAGCCCCCGCCCUGUGGUGACGGGUGCUCAGGGCUUCUCGGAGGACGGCAAGGCCUCUGGGCGGUGGAAGCGUUCACACGAACCAGUGAAAAGCGAAGUUUGAAAGACUAGACACCGUUUACAUUCCUUCCCACUGCUAAUGACCUGCUUUCCCACGUGCUCUCCAAGAAAGCAGGACUUGGAGUCAGCUACUUCAGAGAGGGCUCCACUUAGCUCUACAGUUUGUCCUCAGGCUCCAGCAGGAGAUCUCUGAACACGUGAGAAUGGGGGAUGAAUACUAAGUGUGGUUUUGCUUAGGUGACAGGGUAGCCUGGCUUUCCAUGAUUACUCAAAGACAAGCUGAUGAGCUGUCUGGCUCCCCGGUGGAGUGGUCUGCUCAGCACCCCUGGGGGUGACUCACAGAGUCACUUACUGCCCAGCAUGUGUCGCCUUGACCACACUUUGUAUGCUCCCUAGGUCCCAAUACAGUGAAUGGCCUUGCAACUGUGCACGGUUGCCAUUAUUUUCCCUCAGAGGACCUGGGUUGGGGCGUGGUCAGUGUUUUCAGUUCUAAGGUAAGAAGUGUGGAGCUGCCCUCAUCAGGGCUCCAAGACAAAGUGGAAAGGGCCGUGGAGAUGGCUGUCCCCCGGCAGUGGGUCCCAGUCAUCUGCUCACUUUCAGCAGUUCCUUUGCUUGAGCGCUAGAGGCCUGAUACUCCAGUGUCACUGGGCACCCACCACCCCGACAAGGCUCUAGGCUACUUACCUGCAGUUGGCUGGGUGGUUAGCGGUCCCUGAAAACUCCCAGCCCUCCAGCGCACGAGGGGUGGGUCCUCCAUUCUGUGCUUCCAUGUUGGUGCCACGUGAGAACCAAGGGGGUCUCUCAGAGGCGUUGCUUCUGUGGUCCCCAACGAGCCGCUCCCUCCUCGAAGGAAAGAAACAUGAGGGGGAGUGGGAUGUGGGCAGUGCCACCCUCAAAUUCCCAUAAGUCCGUGGGGUUUGAGAGUUGUAUUACUCUCUUAAUCUUUUUAAGUGACUGGUUUUUAUUCUUCAUAGUUGAGCAUCAUUUGCAUUUUUAUUAGUUACAGUGCUAUUAAGGAAUGUGUUCCUUUUUUAUUAUUUUAUCAAAUACCUAUGUUCAAGUGCACAUUUUUUUAAAUCCUGAAUAUAUGAAACCUUUUUGUUUUUCUUUAACAAGUAUAAUCAGUGGAGCCCUCUCAUGUUUUGAUUAUUAGCAGUUAAAUAUGUUUUAUAUAUAUAUAAAGCUUAGAUGAAUUUUCAUUGUCAUCCACUUUUUUAAUACAUGUACCUGUGUUUCAUGCAUUUCUCUCUGAUCAGUUUGGGAAUUCGAGUUAAAAUUUACCUCUACGUUAUAUGAGAGAGCUACAGAUUAGAGAAGGAAAAUCAUUAUGACUUUGCCUUACCUUUUGUAUUUGCCAAGGGAUCAUAAAACACUUUAAACAUUUAAUUAUACUGGAUUAUUCUUCCAGAGUUGACCUCCUGCUAAUGCUCACUGCUAACUGCAAUCUGGUAAGAAAUAAUGUCACUGCAGAACGAGUGUGAUUAAAAAUGAACCAAGGCCUCCCUGUGCGUUGCCUUCUGGGCAUCUGAGUUCAGUCCCGUGCAGCAGUCCUUCAGGUCUGACCACCCACCAGUAACAUUCCUCCACUUCCUCAGAGACGAGCAAAUAUAAAGCUCAGUGGCAGUUAUAUUGUCUGCUAAUGAUAGAUAACCUGCCGGAGUCAGCUCAGAUUUACUUUUUUGUUUGUAUUUUAUUAAGAAGCUGCCCCCUGGGGUUGUUACAGAACCAGAGUGGGGGGGGGGACGCAGGCCCUCUGGGUGGCUCUCCCAUGGAGGCCGGGCCAUUCACCCCCCUCCCCUGCAGGUGCACACCUGGCCUGGCUCCUGUGUGUCAAGCAGGGGCACUGGGGGUCCUUGGGGCAGGGAGAGGAGGCCGGGAUGAAUUAAAGACAGCACCUGGCAAGCUGGGCUUCCUUCUCACAGGCCAUUACUGCUUCCCCUGUGUUACUUUCAAAAGCUCUCUUUUUAUAGUGUUAAAAAGAAAUAAAAAGUUCCUGUAAACAGGCUUGAGACCACUUUGACGUAAAAGUUGUCAUAAUAAUUUGUCUCACGAUGGCACAUUUGAUUUAUAGAAUACCCUGUUGCGCCAUUUAUAUCCUAUUGCUUUGUUCUCCAUCUUUACGCUGCAACUCAUACUGAUUUAAGAAAUGACUUCUCCUUUUGGCAAAGUACGGUUAUAAUAAAAGACUAAUGUGAAA